UUGGGCUCCGGGCUACCGGGACGGCCUGGGGUAACUGCGCAGCAGAUCCUUGAGUCCUGGCACUGGCCGAGCUCCUCUGGGCAUCCUGUCAUCCUUGGCGUCUCUCCCUUGGAGCCACCUUAUCCCUGGCUUGACACAGUCACAUUUUUGGGUGUAGGUUUGGAAAGAUGCUGCCUUUGGAGAAGGCGUUUGCCUCCCCCAGGAGCUCCCUGGUCCCUCAAGAACUGCCCAUUCCAGCUGCCAGAGUCCAGCAGGAGGAACCUGAGACCACGCCUAGGAGGUCCCCCGCCGACCUUGAGUUCUCCCGCUUGCGCUUCCGGGAAUUUGUCUACCAGGAGACUGCUGGACCCCACCAGACCCUGGCCCGGCUCCACGAGCUGUGUCGCCAGUGGCUGAGGCCUGAGGCACGUUCCAAGGAACAGAUGCUGGAGCUGCUGGUGCUGGAGCAGUUCCUGGGCAUCUUGCCUGACAAGGUCCGGCCGUGGGUGGUGGCACAGUAUCCCGAGAGCUGCAAGAAGGCGGCCUCCCUGGUGGAGGGCCUUGCUGAGGUCCUGGAGGAGCCAGGGAUGCUGUUGAGUUCCCCUGCUGGGUCAUCUUCAGCUUUCAGCGAGGGAGUGUGGGAGAGACACGCAGAGCCUCCACUGUUACAAGGUGGGCCAGCGAGUCCCAGCAGAAACCCUGGACCUGGGGAGGCCCUCGCACCCCCCGAGACUCCCUGGCCUGCUCCAAACCCUGUGCUUCCAGAACAGGGGAAUGUUGGGGAAGAAAGGACUGAAGAGGCCAGCCCUGCCAAAGUUGAGCCGAAGAAGCUAAGGUCGUUUCCAGAGGAGCCUCGACCCAUGGGGGAGUGGGGCCACCUGGACCCUGCCGAGGAGAACUUGAAGAGCUACAGGAAGCUGCUCCUGUUGGGGUAUCAGCUUUCCCAGCCUGAUUUUGCCUCCAGGCUGGACACAGAGGAACUUCGGUUGGUGGAAAGAGACUCGCCAGGAGGCAGCCUCUCAGGUGGCGGGAGGUGGCAGGAAAGCACAGGGAGCAUGGGUGAGGAAGCGUCCAUGCGUGAGACGCUGAUGGAGAGUCUCACAGGGGGCACUCCUAUCAACCCCUCAUCGGGCACCAUCCAGGAGGAGGAAGAGCAGCCUUGGGAGGUUCUGGAUCCUCAAGACAGGGAGUUGAGCCCUGUCACCAUGGCUCAGAGACAGUCAGUCAUCCAGAAGCCAGCCCAGACCACCCCGCUGCCAGGCCUUGGAACCAAGAGGCCCUACCCAGAGGAUGGGGGUGGACAGGGCCUUGAGUGUGUCUCUAGCCGGAGCAUCUGCCAGCCCCGCCACGGGAGGAAGGAGCCUGGUGCAGCGGGCCAUGGUGCAGGGUUCCUGGCUGGGCAGGACCCGGGUACCUCUGCUGCCGGCUGCCCUGUGGCCGCUGUGCCAGGAGCAUCCCGAGGGAAGCCCUACACCUGCAGUGAGUGUGGGGAGGCCUUCGCAUGGCUCUCACACCUCAUGGAACAUCACAGAGGCCACAGCGGCAGGAAGCGCUAUGCAUGCCAGGGCUGCUGGAAAACCUUCAACUUCAGCCUGGCUCUGGCCGAGCACCAGAAGACCCAUGAGAAGGAGAAAGGCUAUGUGUUGGGGGGGGCCUUGGGCCCCCACCCUGGCACACGUGACACCCACAUUAGUGGGAGGAUGGGUGGGCUCCCAGAGUGUGUGGAAAGUGAUGUGUUUCCUGUGCAGCCUGAGGCACAGGGGUGAACCACUGUGCUGUAAGUGUCUCAUGAGAGGGACUGCCUUGCCUGGCUGGGAGUCCCAAGCAAUAUGUCAGACUCCCUAAAAACCCUUGCGUGGUGGCUUCCUGUUGGUUUCUGUGUGGACAUAAGUCAGCUUAUGUUCUAAAUGAGCUAGUGUGGCUAAAGCACUUAGAGCCGGGACAGGCCCACAGGAAGCCCUCACCUCCUUGUGUACACCCCCUGAGUGUAAGCCGCUGGAUGUGAAAGACUCCGCUUGCUUCUGCAGCCAUCUUAGCACCACCCACAUGCUAGAUUGUUUGACAUUGUGCAACGUGUAGAGUUGCCUUAAGGUGUGUGAUCUUUCUUGAAGUCAUCCUUGCUUCAGUUCCUCCUGUUUGAGCUCCCCAGGGUUGUUCAAGCAGAAAUCUUGCUAGCUGUUUUGGUCUUUUUGUAAAUGUGUGAUGUCAAGUUCACUUCUGAAUCCCGAAAAGCGGAAACUGUUUCCUUGUGUAACUCACAUGUCUUUACCUGUAUGGAGUGGCUUACAUAAAGAUGGCAAAAUCACCUGGAGCCUAAUAAUGCAGGCUUUUCAGACUGUGGGUCCCAGCCCAUUAGUGAAUUGUGAAAUCAAAUUAGUGGGUAUUACAAAGCAAUGAAGUAGAAUAAAAUAGGUCAAAUGCAUCAUGUAGUAAAGGCAAAUAUUGUUUUGUGAAACUUUUUAGUCAUAUAUCUAAAUAUGAGAACUGCUUGCAAUGUAAAAUGUAUUUCUUACUGGGGGGUUGUGAUCAAAAUAGGUUGAAAACACUAAUAAAGGUUGACAAGGAGAUCAUUGUGUCUGCCAGAGCAAAGAGAACUAAACUCUUUGGGCUACACUGGGUGAUCUUUUGCUUUUUGCAUUUAAUCUCAGAUUAUAGCAUUGUUUCCAUUGCCUGAGCUUAAAUUUAAUUGCUCCCUGUAGAUACAGAAGCUGGUGCCUCUUUCUGUCACUGUGUUUGAGCAGGCAAUCUGUUGUAAUGGCCCCCAAAUCACAGAAGCUUAACAUAAUAAAGAUUUAUUUCUUCACUCACA